AUGGGAGAUUUGGAGACUAGCUUAAUCCAUACACGAAAAACAUGUAGAAUAGAGCAAAUGGUAGCAAAAUGGCUUCAUCGCUCUCGGGACAGCGCACCCAGGGACAGCGUGCCUGUGAUGGACAGUGCAGGGGACAGCGCAGCCCAGCCCCCCAGCCGGGUCAAAGUGACCGUCACCGUCUACAAGGACCUGGUCCUGCAGCACUACGGCUUCGAGAUCUGCCCAGGCCUUCCCCUGACCAUUGCAUCGGUCACUGCAGGGAGCACGGCCGAGGGGAAGCUGCAGCCGGGUGACCAGCUCCUCACCAUCAACUCCAGCAGCGUGGACAGCGUGUCCGUGGAGCGGGCAGCCAGCAUCAUCAGGGAGGCCGGAGAUGAGCUGCUCCUGACCGUCCUGCGCUGCGCGUCCGGUGGCCCCAAGUCCUCGUUCCUGACCGCAGAGAAGAGGGCCAGGCUGAAAACAAACCCGGUCAAAGUGCGCUUUGCGGAGGAGGUGCUGCUGAACGGACACUCCCAGGGGAGCUCACUCCUGUUCAUGCCCAACGUUCUCAAGGUGUACCUGGAGAACGGACAGACAAAGGCAUUCAAGUUUGAGAGGAGCACCACUGUGAAGGACAUCGUGCUGACGCUGCAGGAGAAGCUGUCCAUCCGCAGCAUCGCCCACUUUGCGCUGGUGCUGGAGGAGCAGUACAACCUGGCCAAGAUCCACCUGCUGCACGAGGAGGAGCUCAUUGCACAGGUGGUCCAGAAAAGAGACUCUCAUGACUACCGCUGCCUCUUCCGAGUGUGCUUCAUCCCCAAGGACCCCUUGGAACUCCUGCAGGAAGACCCAGUGGCCUUUGAAUAUCUGUACCUGCAGAGCUGCAGCGAUGUGCUCCAGGAGAGGUUUGCUGUGGAAAUGAAGUGCAGCGUGGCGUUACGUCUGGCUGCUCUGCACAUACAGGAGAGGAUCUACGCCUGUGCUCACCCACACAAGGUGUCCCUGAAGUACAUCGAGAGGGACUGGGGAAUCGAAAACUUCAUCUCACCCACUUUGCUUCGAAACAUGAGAGGGAAAGACAUCAAGAAAGCCAUCAGCUACCACCUGAAGCGGAACCAGGUGCUGCUGGACCCUCGGCAGAAGCACACGCUCACGGCAGCCCAGGUGCGCCUGAGCUACCUGCAGAUCCUGGGAGAGCUGAAGAUGUACAGUGGGAAGAUCUUCAAUGCCACCAUGAUGCUGCAGGACAGGGAGUCGUACGUGGCUCUGCUGGUGGGUGCCAAGCACGGUGUGAGCCAGAUCAUCAACAGCAAGCUCAACAUCAUCACCAGCCUGGCCGAGUUCCCCAGCAUCAGCAGGGUGGAGCUCAGCGAGGAGUCCGAGCGAGUGAGCACUGUCAAGAUUUACCUGCAGGACCUGAAGCUGCUCACUCUGCUGCUGGAAUCAAACAGUGCGAAGGAUCUCGUCUGCCUCAUCGUUGGUUACUACAGACUCUUCGUGGAUGCAAACGCCUCCAUAUUUACCUGGGGAGAGAAAAAACAGCAACUGCACCGUGUCUCAGCUGAAGAAGGCUACGAAUCCCGAGCCUGCAGCGACUCUGAAGAUUCCUGGGAUUCGCGCUCGGAGCGCCGCACGGACAGCGCUGCGGCGGGCCGGGGAGAGCCCCGCGGUGCCGGCGGGAGCGGCGCAGAGCCCCGGGCUGGCGGCGGGGACCCGCCGGGGACAGGCGGUGACAACGCCACCGACAGCGCCUCCGAGGCGUCCGACUCGGCCAACACCGAGAGCCGGGGCUUCAAGACGAGCGGCUCCAGCGACUCGAUGGAUGCGCUGGAGGAAGAGGAGCUGGAAGCGUGCUCUUCCUCCCGGCCAGAGCCGUUCCGCUUUUACGCUCCGACCGUGCAGGAGAUGAGCAGCUCCGAGCGGAGCUUCGUGCCGGUGUGUGCCGCGGGGAGCCCCGGCGCUGCCGGAGCCGGAGACUAUUUCUGCUUCGUGCAGGUGCCGCCGGGGCCCGGGGGCAGCCCCUCGGGGCCGGGCUCCGCUCGGCAGCCCGGGCUGGCCCGGGCGGACACCUCGGGCUGUCCCGCGGGGCACGGCACAGGCGACAGCGACCUCGUCCUGCGGCCGCCCCCGGGCUUCGGUGACUCCAGCUCCGAGGAGGAGUUCUACGAUGCUGCGGACAGGCUCAGCCCUCCGGAGGCGCUGGCAGGCUAUGAUGCAGCAUCCUGGGAGGGUGCAGAGAACCCCUCCUGCAUCCCAAAGAGGCUGAGGUGCUACAGCUUGGGGGAGAGCCCUUCAGUGAGGGAGAAGCACGGGCAGGAGAAGGAGCUGACCUGCACCAAGAGCCUGAGGAAGAGAAGGUCUUUCCUGAAAACUGAUUACACCUCACAGGUCAGUUUCCCUGCGGCUCUCCCAGGCUCUCCACAGCGCUGCUGCUCCUGGCCGCCCACUCAGCCCACAGAGGACACAGGGAAGAACACGGAGAUGGGGCUUCUUGUGGCCACCCAGGCCCAGAGGGACACCGCUGGCACAAACCCCUCCUCUGAUGUGAUGGACAUGGAGCCCGACACCAUGGAGGCAAAGUCAGUGAUGGAAUGUCUGGUUUCCUCCAUUUCGGAUGCUCACCGUGCUGGUGACCAGUGUGGGGAGGAGGACAGCAGCCUCCAGCCACAAAAACCCCCCUUGCUGUCCCCAGAGCCCCUUCCCAGAGGUCAGAGUGGAGCUGCCCAGGAAAGCUCCCCAGCGGAGACAGAUCCUGGGUGUCUGAGUGAGGAGAGCCGUGUGCCCACUGGAGGCUGGCAGACCCAGGGAGCGCAGGAGGAGGGGGGUGAGGUGGUGGCCACCCAGCACAAGGCCAGUGUUGUGCCCUCUGCUGUUGUCUGCCCCUCUGACGAGCUCCUGCUGCUGCCAUCAGCCCCUGGCCCCAGCAUGGCCCCUCCUCAGGAGCUGGCCCAGGACCGGGGGCUGCCCCCUGGGGCUGUGUCCCAGCCCAGGAGCCAGCAGGUGGUGGAUGGGGAGAUCCUGUGGAAGGUGCAGGAAGGCCACAUGGGGUUCCCAGAUGCAGCCCAGCUCCUGGCAGAUGGCAGCAGUGCCUCGGGGGUCCUCAGCCACCUCUCCUGGCUCUCAUUCGGGGUGAGAACAGACCCUGUGUCACACAGCCUGCUGCAAGACAGGGUGGAUGACCCACUUGAGCCUUUGGCCUGUCUGAUGACCAGCACGUGCAUGGGGGCUGGUGCUGUUGGAAGGAAGAUGCCAACAUCCCCUGCUGGAGCAGGCUUUGUCCAGGAGCUGGGUGAGCAGACCCCUGCAGCCCCCAGCCCAGGUGGGCCCUUGGGCUGUUCCCCAGCACCGCAUGGGCUGGACAGCUGUGGCUGCCAGCUGCCCUACAUCAGCUGCUUCCCCCAGCCCCACAACCAGGGGGAGCGUGAAACCAGCCCCCCCCAGUUUCCAGGGCCCCUCACCACCCCUCCUUCCAGCAGCUGCAGCCUUCCCAGGACCCCUGGGAGCGCCCUCCCAGUCUCCACUGCUGGGGAUGCGGCAGGGCAGGACCCCCACAUCCAAGUGCUGGGGCAGCUGAAGGACCAGGCAUGGAUGAGCCCUGUGGAUUUCUCCCGCUUCCUGGCCUACACUGUGGAGCUCCAGCAGGUUGUAGGGAAGCUCUGCGGAAACCAGGCAACUCACCUGCACGACCAAUGUGCAGAGCAGGGUGUGGAGAGCCAGGGUGCCCUGGGCUGGGCUUCCCAGGACCUGCUGUCCAGCUGCCAGGCACUCCUGAGCACAGAGCAGCCUCUCACAGAGGUGCAGUGUGCACUGAGAGCAACGUUUGACCGCCUGGUUCACCUGGCAGUGACCUGCUUCCAGGUGACACACUGCAGGCGCUGCAGGCAGAGACAGCAGGAGCUGGGAGCUGCCCUGGGGGAUGUGGUGGGCACCUACCAGCAGCUGCUGCACGCUCUGCACCAGCAGCUCCAUGGGCAGGUCUGCCCUGAGCUGGGCACCAAGCUCCUUGCCCGCCAGCACACGGCCCUAGCAGCUGCCAUCUUCUGUCUCCUGCAGCAGUUCAGGGCAUCCCCGUGGCUGUGA